GGGCUGCACGUCGUGGUACGUGCGCUGGCGCGAGUCGCGCGACCCCGCAGCGAAACACAUCGGAAUUAUUAUGUAUUAUUUAUCAGCCGAAUCGCCGGGGAACGAUUAGAUACUACCACGCGAGGCGGGCCUUAAAUAUCGUCGCGAAAUUGCCCGACGCAUCAGAAGUAGCGCAAAACUCGACCGCUCGUCUUAUUAACUAUUGCAGCACGCUUCGAGCGCACAGGACGGACGUAUCAUCUUACUUAUUCUCAGCAAACAUGAAAUUCAUCUGCGGAUCCAUCGUUGCUUGCCUCCUUGUGGCUACAGUGGCGGCAACACCAUUCACUAAUUGCCAAGAAGGUGCACCUCCAAGCGCCCUCAGAGUCGAAGGUUGUGAUAAAGCUCCCUGCAAACUUCGCAGAGGAACAAAUGUCUCGGCUGAAUGGGACUUCACUGUCAAUGCCGACACCAAACAUCUGACUCCACGCGUAAGAGCUACAACCCUCGGCAUGACCGUCAACUUCCCAUUCCCCCAAAAGGACGCUUGCGAAACUCUGAUAGGCACUAGCUGCCCAUUGAUUGCCGGUGACAAUGUAACUUACAAGCUGACCAUGCCCGUCGCCAGAUACUAUCCCCAAGUGUCGAUAUCCAUUGAAUUCGCUUUCCUCGACGAUGCCGGACAAGUUGCUGUGUGCUUCAAACUUGCCGCUAAAACAGCAUAAAGAAUUAGUCAUCUAGUAAUAACUUGUAAAUUUUAAUAGCAUAUAUGUUUAAACGACUUUAGUGUAUGUUAACUUUAGUAUCAAGAUCAAAUGAAAACAAAUAAAUAAUAUUCGGAUAUUCGCUCCCACGAGUAUCCAUUGACUAAAA